AGGGAAUGGAAGAGAAUGCAAAUGACACAACAGGUGACGAAAAUCUCCCAGUGUUAUCCUUUCUACCUCCAACCGAAGAGCCGUCUUCAGUGGAAAUUGCUACAUCUGUUGCAUUAGUCGCAUGUCUCACAAUCGCUAUUUGCGGCAACGCAAGUCAAAUUGUUCUGCAGAUUUACACCAAACGCUUGAAAAGACAAAAUCCCUCACAGUUUUUCAUCACACUGCUCUUCAUCAUCCAUUUUUUGAUUCCCUUGGGUUUACCGAUGGUGGUUUUGGAGAAGCUGGUGAAAAUAUGGAUGUUUGGCCCUUUCUCAUGCAGCGCUUACCAUUCUCUUGCAAGUGCAGGACGUGUGCUGACACCCUGGGCAAUCAUGUUGCUUCAUUUAUUCAUAGGAAUGCUGCUCUCACGACCUAGUCGAGUUUCAACUUGCAACGGAACGCUGUCAAUCUUUGCUUUUAUCUCUAUGUUUGUUCCUGUUCUUCUUUCUGUCGUCCCUGAAGGAUUAGCUGCUCAGCUCGAAAUAAUUCCCAAGGACGAGAUAAAAGGCGAACAAUACAUCAUGCUUAUUCACACCAUUCGCUGUACAUCAAGCCAAGAAUCCGCACAUGGAACCUUGAGAGCCACUCUCGAGUUUAUACUGCCACUUCUCUUGUGUGCUUCAAUACAACUCUGGCUGCUUGUCGUCGCUAAACUCAGCUUCCAUUCGGUCAUUUUCAAAAGCUUGUUAACAAUUCUUAUCAUUUAUUUCUUUUGUUACAUUUUACAUUACAUUCCUGCAGCAAAGAAAGAGAUGGAGUCUAUAGUGCCGAUUGAACUCGACUUACGCCAGACUUUACCCUUUGUUGCUCCCGCAGUGAUUUGGUAUCCGUUAAGCUGCCUUUCAGCAGCUCUUUGUCGUGGUAGUGCGGAUAAGAGCAAUGACGAGCAGCAACCACAUUUCCGAAGUGUUGGCAGAACUGCAGAGUUGGAGCGGUCACACUUGAUGGGUUCCGAAAUUAUUGUACUGUAA